UGUUUAUAAUUGAACCGCCCCGUUUAUCGGCAAAACAGUCUUAAUGGCCGAUGCGUACGAUGCAUCUUUACUUCUAACAUUUUUUCGUCGUAAUAUAAGUGGUGUGUUCUUAUUCUGUCGAAUAGUGACGUGGGCAUUUGUGUCAUCGAUGCAUUAUUCACCGCUAGUGACGUACAGAGUACAACCGUGUAUUCUUUGCCAUUUGGGCUUUGAGGCCACGAGGUUUUAAAUUGUCGAGCAGGCUUAAGGCCUGUGCGUCGUAACAAUAAACCAACUAUACUAUAUCCAGUGAGAGAACGUCGCAGUUCUGUGUAUCCCUCCUCUCCACCCGGCCUUCGAAACCGGGUCGCCAUGGCAGGGUGUCGCGUGUCGGAACCAGAUUUGGUGGGCGCGCGGCGUGAUAUUUCGCUGGAUGGAGUAUAAGUACACCUGCUUAAAAAUAAAAUAUCCAUUUAUUAAUUUCACAAUUAUUUUAAUCGAAGUCUUUUGGAUAGAGUCAAGGCAACAACCACCAGCUAGGAUUGAAUGGUUCAAUAGUGCGUAUUUAUAAUGAAACAAAUCAUUGGUUGUCAAAUCUUCUGGAGUACCUUCUAACGUAGAUGCAUCACCGGAUAAUACUUUUGUAAUUUUCCAGGUCCCGAAAAAAGGUGACGGUGCCACGGUGGUGAAGUUUGAGUCAGAGUUAACAGCAUUAAAUGAACGAGAAAGAGAGUAAGCGUGUGUGCGAUAUGUCAUCGGAGAACGCACACGGGAAAGAGAAGUCAUACACAUGUGACGAAUGUGACAAAUCAUUUUCUCAAAGCUCUCAUCUGAAAGCACAUAAAUUAUUGCACACGGGAGAAAAGCCAUACUCGUGUGACGUAUGUGACAAAUCCUUCUCUGCACGCUCAAAUCUGAAAGUACAUCUGAGAACGCACACGGGAGAGAAGCCAUACACCUGUGACGAAUGUGACAAAUCCUUCUCCCAAAGCUCUCCUCUGAAAGCACAUAAAUUAUUCCACACGGGAGAGAAGCCAUAUACUUGUGACGAAUGCGACAAAUCGUUCUGGUGGAAACGGUUACUGAUAAACCACAAGCUUACGCACACAGGAGAGAAGCCAUACACUUGUGGCGAAUGUGACAGAUCCUUCUCUCAAGGCUCUUAUCUGAAAUUACAUAAAUUGUUCCACACUGGAGAGAAGCCAUACAAGUGUGACGAAUGUGACAAAUCCUUCUCUCAAAGCUCUUCUCUGAAAGCACAUAAAUUAUUGCACACGGGAGAGAAGCCAUAUACUUGUGACGAAUGUGACAAAUCCUUCUCUGCACGCUCACAUCUGAAAGUACAUCUGAGAACGCACACGGGAGAGAAGCCAUACACCUGUGACGAAUGCGACAAAUCCUUCUCUCAAAGCUCUUCUCUGAAAGCACAUAAAUUAUUGCACACGGGAGAGAAGCCAUAUACUUGUGACGAAUGCGACAAAUCGUUCAGAUGGAAACGGAUACUGAUAAAUCACAAGCUUACGCACACGGGAGAGGAGAAGCCAUACACUUGUGACGAAUGUGACAAAUCCUACUCUCAAAGCUCUCAUCUGAAAGCACAUAAAUUGUUACACACGGGAGAGAAGUCAUACCUGUGUGAAGUAUGUGACAAAUCCUUCUCUCAACGCUCAAAUCUGAAAGUACAUCAGAGAACCCACACGGGAGAGAAGCCAUACACCUGUGACGAAUGUGACAAAUCCUUCUUUCGAGGCUCACAUCUGAAAGUACAUCAGAGAACCCACACGGGAGAGAAGCCAUACACCUGUGACGAAUGUGACAAAUCCUUCUUUCGAGGCUCACAUCUGAAAGUACAUCAGAGAACCCACACGGGAGAGAAGCCAUACACCUGUGACGAAUGUGACAAAUCCUUCUUUCGAGGCUCACAUCUGAAAGUACAUCAGAGAACCCACACGGGAGAGAAGCCAUACACCUGUGACGAAUGUGACAAAUCCUUCUCUCAAAGCUCUCAUCUGAAAGCACAUAAAUUAUCGCACACGGAAGAGAAGCCAUAUACUUGUUACGAAUGUGACUAUUUGUUCAGAACUUUAAGUAAUCUGAGAGUACAUCUAAGGAAGCACGUAGGAUAGAUUUAAUUUCUACUAAAUUCAAUAUGUUCCUAUGUCGAUUUUUUAAUUGGUAAAACAAUUUUAACAAUUUAAAAAUAUGAAUAAUGAACUUGUUUGAUUUAAAUAUUUAGGUUUAUCAUUCCGAAACAAUAAACAAAUCUUAAAAAUAUUUAGUUAUGUACACACACACAUACACACACACACAUAUAUACUACAUGCAUAUACAAUGAAAUAAUUCGAUAGGAACUCUUUUAAUUAGCUCUUACAGUAUAAUUUAAAAAUCUUGAAAAUUACAGAAAUUUAUAA